AUGACCAUGCCCUCUCCUUUGAACAACCCCGUAAACCUCCCUUGUGGCGUGGUCUUCCCAAACCGCAUCGUCAAGGCAUCAAUGGCCGAGAUGAUGUGUGGGCAGGGGAAUCUGCCAAACGAUGAUCUUGCUGAAGCGUAUAAUCAAUGGGGCCGAGGUGGGUGGGGAGCUGUUCUCACCGGCAAUGUUCAAGUCGACGUUAAUCAUCUUGGAACACCAUAUGAUCCUGCUGUUCACGGAAGCUACACUGGCGAAGAAAACGGUAAAGAGUUGCUACCAGCUUGGAAAUCAUAUGCAAAAGCUUGCACCCAGCAUGGCACCCCGUGUAUUGUGCAAAUCAAUCAUCCAGGGCGGCAGUCAUUGCGGCUUGCAGGAAAGCGUGGCAUAUGUGGCUCAACUAUUGCUCCGAGUUCGGUUCCUCUAGUGAUCGAUGACAAUUUUUAUGGGAGGCUCAUCAGCCGGAUUACGUUUCCACAUCCGCGAGAAAUGAUGCAGGAAGAUAUUGAUACUGUCACGGCUCAGUUCGUUGAUACCGCGCGCCUUAUGGCUGAUAGCGGGUUCACUGGUGUUCAGUUGCAUGGUGCUCACGGAUACCUGAUUGAUCAAUUUCUGAAUCCAACGACCAAUAUGCGAACCGAUUCUUACGGCGGCUCCCCGUCCAAGCGCGCCAAGUUUGCUUUGGGCAUCAUUUCGAGUGUCCGAGCAGCUGUCCCUGCAAAUUUCUGUGUUGGCAUGAAACUCAACUCCGCAGACCACAGCUCCGAUACCUUUGAAGAUACCAUGGCCCAGAUCGGUCUCUUUGUCGAGGCUGGUAUCGACUUCCUCGAAGUAAGCGGAGGAAGCUAUACAAAUCCCGAAAUGAUGAACACACAUAAUACCGUUCAGGAAAAAAAGUCCUCUCGGAGCGUCGCUCGAGAGGCAUUCUUCCUGGAAUUCGCCACCGAAACAAGAAAGCGAUACCCAAACCUCGUUCUAAUGUUGACUGGCGGCUUUCGCACACGUGGUGGAGCGGAAUAUGCUAUCGAACAUGGCGCUUGUGAUCUGAUAGGAGUUGCACGUCCCGCGGCUAUCAACCCGAGCUUUCCAAAGUUACUGCUUAACGAGAGCGUCGCGGAUGAAGACGCAAAACUGCAAUUGAAGAGGGUACCCCCUCCAUUUUACGCUAGAUGCGUUCCAGGAAAGGCUGUGGGCAUGGGUUUGGAAACGGCGUACUACUCCAACCAAAUUAAGAGGAUAUCGAAAGGGUUGAAGACCAUUCCGCCUUCCUCGUAG